GGCGUUGGCGCAUCGCACGACUGCUGCCGCUGGUGCUGCUGCUGCGGACACACAACCCGGCUGUCCUGCACUGAAACUGGGGACGCAACUGACACUGUCACCAUCUUAACUGGAGGGGCUCGCUCUGUGGAUACAGUUGCACUUUAAUUUAUCACUCACCAGCUUCACCACAAUGAUCCAAAACGGUCAUCACAACCACCAAGUGAGCACGGCAGCCGGGAAAGACGCAGGGACGACCCCCGGAGCUGCAGCCUGCAGUCCCGAGAAGAGGAGGAGAAGAAUCCGGCUGUGGUGUGACGGCUGCUAUGACAUGGUUCAUUAUGGCCACUCCAACCAGCUGCGACAGGCCAAGGCCAUGGGAGAUUACCUCAUCGUUGGAGUACACACAGAUAGUGAGAUUGCGAAGCACAAGGGUCCUCCCGUCUUCACUCAGGCAGAAAGAUACAAGAUGGUGCGGGCCAUAAAAUGGGUGGAUGAGGUUGUGGAAGGAGCGCCUUACGUCACCACCCUCCAGACCCUCGACAAGUACAACUGUGACUUCUGUGUGCACGGAGAUGAUAUAACACUAACAGUUGAUGGAAAAGACACAUACGAAGAGGUGAAGAAGUCAGGGCGGUACAGGGAGUGUAAGAGAACCCAGGGAGUUUCAACUACAGAUCUGGUCGGCAGGAUGCUACUGAUGACCAAAGCACACCACAGCAACAUUGAUAGUUCAGACUAUCAGCAGCACACAGACAACUUUGGAAAGAAGGGCCACAGUCCCUGGACAGGGGUGUCUCAGUUCCUGCAGACUUCACAGAAGAUCAUCCAGUUUGCUUCAGGACAAGAGCCCCAACCUGGAGACACAAUUAUCUACGUGGCAGGAGCCUUUGACCUCUUCCACAUUGGCCAUGUGGACUUCCUAGAAGCAGUGCAUAAGCUCGCAGAAAAGCCAUACAUUAUAGUUGGGUUGCACUUUGAUCAAGAGGUGAACCGCUACAAAGGGAAAAACUACCCCAUUAUGAAUGUCCAUGAGAGAACGCUCAGCGUGCUGGCCUGUCGAUAUGUGUCAGAAGUGGUGAUUGGUGCGCCCUUUGCAGUCACAAAAGAUUUACUGGACCAUUUCAAGGUGGAUCUUGUAUGCCAUGGGAAGACAGUAAUAUAUCCUGACAAGGAUGGAUCCGACCCUUAUGCUGAGCCGAGGAGAAAAGAAAUCCUGCGGACUGUUGACAGUGAGAACAGCCUGACUACAGAUGCCAUUGUGCAAAGAAUAAUUAAAAACAGGUUGCUAUUUGAAGCAAGGAAUCAGAAGAAAGAGGCCAAAGAGAUUGCUGUGAUCCAGGCCAUGAAGCGACAAGAAGAGGAGAAAACUAAAGAAAGACCCCAGGCUGUCAUGUAGGAAGGCUCUACACAAGCACCAUCGACUAAGUGUCAUCAUAACACUGACAAUUAAUCUAAACUCAACAUAACACUGACAAUUAAUCUAAACUCAUGUACAAUGAAAUCAGCUCUUAUAUGUGUUAUGACACCGUCAGCACAACAAUCCUGGCUGAUAACAGCAGUCCUUAGGGCAGCCUGUUUAUAGCCAGGAGGAUAUAGUCUGCUGUGUGAUCAUCAGGUAUACACUGUGUGUGUGUGUGUGUGUGUGUGUGUGUGUGUGUGUGUGUGUGUGUGUGUGUGUGUGUGUGUGUGUGUGUGUGUGUGUGUGUGUGUGUUAUAUUCGGCAUAUGCAAAUACAUGUUCAUGUCAGUCACAUAUACAAACUAUGAGGUUAUGGACUGUAAAGGUUGGAGCAAGAAAGACAAAACGGUGUCUCUAAAUGUCCUUUUUUUGCCUUCAGAAAUACGAGGGGAUUUGGACAUAUGAAGGGCAAGUGUGUGGACUUGAGAUGUGGGCAGGCAUUAAACUGUAACAAGGAAGUGAUUUGAUUAAUCAAUACCAGUUGCUGCUUUCUACCCAGCAAUGGGUGUAGACCCACAUCUGAUCUAUUUACUUAUAAAUUGUAUGUACUGUAUAUUAUAGAGUGAUUACUGGCUCUCUGGAUGAUGCUAAAAACACUAGAGAAUUGCUUCACUGAAUCUAACUUGGGUUGUUUGACUGUGAGAAGCUGUUGAAACUCUUCCGGGACCUCAUGUACAUAUCAGACCUUUCUCCAGACUGCACUGAAUGCUCAGAAAGUCAUCAGAACUGUUUUACAUCAGAAAAGUUUAACUCAAAAAGCACAUUGUCCAGACUUGCACGCCUGGCCUUUUGAGUGGAAUUGUAAUGUUUUCUUUAAACACUCCUUAUCCUAAUAUAUAGAACACCACAGAGUUUUAAAAGACUGCUUUUAAUCAUUAAUUUGUUUUCUUAGUAUAACUAGAGAACAAUGACAGAUGCUCAGUGAUGUUAACUUUAUCAUAAAAUAGACAUAUUACUGUCAUUGAGCCCUGAACAAACAUCUGUCUCUAUAUCAAAUGGGAUUAAAUACUAUAUUUUUUGUAAAUGUAUAUUUUACUCACACCCUCUCCAUUAACUACUGUAUAGAUGGUUUCAUAUUGUUAAAAAAUAAUAUGUAUGUAUGUCAAGUUGGAAUGUAUUCAGUGUAGAGUAUAAUGUAUUGUGCUAUUGAGAUCUCCCAGUUGAUUAGGAACUGAUUGGACUACAGUAUACUACUGCUGGUAAUAACAACACUUUAAUCUGAAAGGCUAUGUGUCAUCCCUUUUUCCCUGAAACAGAAAAUGUCUUGCUAUAGGAACACUUCAAUGUUUUAAAUUUGUUUUAAUUUAGUAGGCCUACGUUAAAAUGCAUGGAUCUUUGGACACAAAAAGGACAUUUGAUCAGGACGUUUUUUUCUGCGUUUUGCAUCAUAUGAGUCACACAGGUUGGUAAAUGUCAGGCCAUUAAGAGGAGUUUUCUUCAGUAGCAGCUUGGUACACCGAAAAGAUCUGACAGCUUUUUCCAAGAAUAUAAAAGUGCCUCUGCAUUAUGAUCAAUGUGAAUGUCUGUUUAAUCAGAACCAUAUCUCUUGCUGGCCUCUGCUGUUUAUAUAACAAGCAUGCUGCAAUGCUUUUAGUGACAUUUAGAGAGAUAUUACCGCAAGCAAUGUACUGUAUGAGGCCAACCCAGUCUGGCAUUUCGUGUUAUAGUCACGAAAU